UCAGUGUGAUACAGUAAACAGCUGGAGAACCUGAUGUUACUCUAAUAUCUCUCAUUACUGCUGCUAAAGAUCAAAAAUCAACAUGAGUUACAUUUUGGAUGUUUGUUUGUUUACUUUAGGAUGCCUUUUGGAUUUAAUUAUUAUUAUUCCGUGUUUAAUCUACUUACUCCUCCUCCAAAUCAUUUGCUUCGCUCUGACUCUUUGGGCAGGAGACGAUGGAAGACAUUUUUAUUCCCAACGUAUUGGGCACCAAGAACAAUCUGUAAAGGUGAAUAAUUGUUAUUUCACUCUUAAACUAAUUCAACUAAUUAAUGAAUCAUUGUGAAUGAGCUGGUAUUAUGAAAACGGUAAUGAUUUAGAACAGGUGCUUUGAUAUAAACCUGAGAUUUGAUAUAAACCUGUCAGAGCUGCUGUUAUAGAAAAGUAAUCAAUACAUUCUGGCCAGUCGGAAUCCAGAAUUCAUCUUCAUAUAUUGAUAGUGAUACACUGUAUGGUCAAAAGUUUGUGGACACAUGACCAUCACACCCGUAUGCCCUUGUUGAACAUCCCAAUCCAGAUUUAUUUAUACAGGCUGUUAUAAUGUGCUUCACUCUUCUCUUCUAAGAAGGCUUUUCACUAGACAUUGAAGCGUGGCUCCGGGGAUCUGUGUUCACUCAGCUAAAAAUUACUGCAGCAAAAAAAAGUGAGCUCAGGUGCUGGGAUGUUGAGGAGGUUCGAGUUCUACUUCAUCCCAAAACUGAUGGUUCUAUGGGGUUAAGUUUAGAGGAGCAUCAUCAGUCUGGAUGAGGGUUUGGGCCUCUCAGUUCUAGUGAAGGAAAAGUGUAACGCAACGAUGCAUGAAAGUAUUCUAUACACUUGUGUGCUCGUCUUUGUGAGUACAGUUUGAGGAAGAACUACAUAAGAAUGUGAUGGCCAGGUGUCCACAUACUUUUGGAAAUAUAGUGUAUAUUAAAGUAUCAUUGCCAAAUAUUAUAUGCCGUAGUCAUACAGACUGCAAACGAGCUUACACUUUUUGUUGCUGUUGCUGUAGACACUUCUGACUGAACUUGGACGAAAUGAAGGCAAGUUUCAUCCUGGACAGAACACAGAGCUGACAUUGUAACAGUGUAUCCUGUCUGUAUAAAAAGGCAGUUCAAAUCUUUUUUAUUAUUAUUAUUAUUUUUUUUACAGUGAACCAGUUUAACUCUGUGUUCAUGAGCCAAGAACGACGUGUAAAGGUAAUAACUACGCAUCGACUAAUUAAGCAGGUGGAGCAUCGACGUAUGAAUGAGGAUGAAGUGGAUUCUGUCCCACAGAAAGAUGGAUACCUCUUGAACAUCUUUAAAACAUUUAUUCCCGUACACAUUGUCAAUUCUGUUUCAGCUGUAUGGUCAAAGUCAACCAGAUUCCAUGUGACAGUCACUGGAAAUGUCAGAAACUCUGACAAGGACAUUUUGGAACGUCUGGGUAUCAGUCCCAGAGACAAAGUGCCUUCUAUGGAUGAGUGUGAUGUCAUCCUUGCUUUCAUCCCUAUUGUUUCUCGAGCUGGUACUGACAUUGAAGCAGCUCUCAUGAAGAUACCAGAAAUCCAUCCUGCUGUUAUCGUGGUGCUCCAUCACACUUUUGAUCCGGAUUACGUUGCUCCAGACAGCAGACGAAAAAUUAACAGGAGCAACGUAUUGGUUGUGGACUGUCUCUUUCAUGAAGACGUGGGACUGUUGAAAUGUGCGCGUAAUUCAAAGGCGCUGAAAGAAACAGAGAAGUAUUUACAAGAUUUCAAAGCAGAUGUCGGUCAAUCACUUUUGUCUGGGAUAGUUCAGUGGUUAGGGCGUUGAAGUACGGUUCAGAAGGGCCCCGGUUCAAAACCCACGACUACCACGCUGUCCCUGUUAGGCCCUUGAGCAAGGUCCUUAACCCUCGAAUGCUCACAUGUGUAAGGAAAUACAAAUGUAAGUCAUUCUGGAUAAGGGUCGUCUGCCAUAAAUGUAAAUCAGUUAAGGCUGUCUAUCGUUAAAUCAAUAUAUACGUACACAAAACAUCUCUAGAACACUGAU